GGUGCUCUGAUAUAGCCACGCCUCCUCCGCAGGCGCAGAGCGCUCUGAAGACGCGGAAGCGAGGGGGCGGGUGCAUCGAGCCCCUUCUUGGGCCUCCCACGCUAACCUCUUCCGCCCUUACUUCGCUUCUCUAGCUGUUUCCGGGUCUUCGGACAUUCCCAUUGGCUGAGUUUCUGAUUCAAGUGACUUUCCCAGUUUAAAAAAAAAAAAAAAAUUCAAGUGUCCUACAGAAUUUUCCAAAAUAUUAAAAAAUACGACACGAAAACGACUUGUCUAACCGCUUUCCUAUUGGCCGGAGCUUGACUCAUGUGACUCCACACGGAAAAACCGCCUCACUUCCGCCAGGCGGCGAAUCCCUCGGGUUCGGAGCUUCGAAGACCUGGUAUGGCCGUCUGGGACUGUGGUGUCGGUGUCUCCCGUGAGCAUCCCCCCCCUCCGCGCCAUGGCAUCGUCCCAAGGUCGGCGGCGGAGGCCAGGGACGGUGGUACCCGGGGAAGCGGCUGAGACCGACUCGGAGCUGUCUGCGUCCUCGUCGGAGGAGGAGGAGCUAUACCUGGGUCCCUCGGGCCCGACGCGCGGCCGCCCCACGGGGCUCCGCGUGGUCGGAGAGGCAGCGGAGACCGACUCGGAACCGGAGCCAGAGCCCACGGAGGCGCCGGGAGACCUACCCCCACUCGUGGUGCAGCGCGAGGCGGAGGAGACCUGGGGCACGGAAGAGACCCCGGCUGUGGCGCCUGCGCGCUCGCUCCUGCAGCUCCGGCUGGCGGAUAGCCAGACGCGUCUGGACCACGACGUGGCGGCCGCGGUGAGCGGCGUGUACCGCCGUGCGGGCCGCGAUGUGGCCGCCCUGGCCGGGAGGCUGGCAGCUGCUCAGGCCACGGGAUUGGCGGCCGCCCACAGCGUGCGCCUGGCUCGCGGGGACCUCUGUGCGCUUGCCGAGCGCCUGGACAUCGUAGCUGGCUGUCGCUUGCUGCCGGACAUACGGGGGGUACCAGGCAUCGAGCCCGAGCAAGACCCAGGACCGAGAGCUUAGACUGACUCGCUGCUAUCCCCCUCCCGCACACACACCUGACUGUCCUUGAUCCCGGAUCACUGCGGUCCCCAAUGCCUCGUAGCCGUUGGUUUAUGCCAACAGGAGCCAAGUCCUGGCAUCUUCAUUGAUUUGUCCCGAUUUUAUUUAUUCUUAGCACAAUUCUGGGAUCCCCACCCCCAAAACUGGGUCCAGGUUUUGUGGACAUCAACUCUGGUGAAUUUCCUAAAUCAAGCUUUAAUUAUGGGCUUUGA